UGUUCCGGUUUGACCUCCGUUUGGUGUUUUCGUCGAUGUGGUCAGUGAAUGUAAAAAAGAACAUAGUCGUAGUUUAAGUGGUAAUUAGUUCCAAAAAUGUCGACCAUUGGCGCGCUGCACAAAUUUCAGUCCCGUUUAACGGAGCGGUUUACCUACGCCGCCAUGGAGAUUUAUAAAGAAGUGGAGCAUAUUGUGAGAGGAUAUCAGGAGGAGAACCAGCGUCUGCGCUUCUUACUACACAACAUGAGAAACUCAUCCAAUAUUGAUAACAAUAGAGUCUCUAUAUCAGCUACAGCUGUCAAAGAGCAACCUCCUAAGAUGGACUCUCCUAUGAAGAUACCAGAGCCUUUGACUAAAACACCUCAAUUGGGACAUAAUACAUUUGAGACAUUUGCCAACAUACCUGAAGAUGAGCCAACAGAAGAAUCCAAGCCACUGGCAAAUAUACUUAAAGAGGAGCUGACGGAAAUACCUGUGUCACCUGCAAAGGUUUUCCAGUCACUGGCCUACAUAUCUGAUGAGCAGCAAAUAGAAUAUGAUGGGAACUUAGCAGCAGAAGUAGAAAGCGAAGACAAUUGCAUCACGGAAGAGUGUCUUCAAAGUGAGGCCAACGAUGAAGUCACUACCUCGCUGCGGGAUAUGGCGUUUGGUAACUUCAACACACCCAAAGAAGACCAAGGACCUCUGCAACCUCCAAAAAACUCGUACAAAAAGAGGAGUACCAGGGAGGACAAGCCAAAGAGGAAAAACGUGAUGACGACCAUAGCACUGAAAAAGGAACUUAUCGCCAAGUGGGAGAGGGGUACGCGUGUCUCUGACCUGGCUGUUCAGUACAAUAUGGCUAAGUCAACGAUAUCGACCAUACUGAAGAGAAAAGAAGCCAUCAAAGCUGCUGAUGUGGCAAAAGGGGUGAAAACACUUAGCAGCAGAAGAAGUGAUAAAGUGGAAGAAGUGGAAAAAGUUCUGCUGGAGUGGAUUACCCAUAAACAGUUGAGGGGCGACACAGUGUCAGAGACCCUCAUUUGUGACAAGGCCAGGGAGCUGCAUAAUGCUCUGACUCGAGACAACCCAGGGGGCAGUGCUGACGAGUUCAAAGCUAGUAAGGGCUGGUUUUGCAAAUUUAAAAAAAGAAGUGGAAUCCAUGGCGUGCUAAGGCCAGGAGAGGCUGCCAGGGCUGAAAAGGAAAGCAACCACAGAUUUGAAGAUGAAUUUGAAGACUUGGUUGACAACCAUGGCUUUCUCUCUUAACAAGUGUUUGUGAUGGAACUGGAAGAUAAGAACACCUGCAGCACAAGACAGAGAAGACCAAUUUUGGGGACUGAAUAUAAAAGUACUGCACGUGUACUAGUUUUUAAAAAAUAAAAACUAUACGUUUUGGAAUACCUGACAGUUUUGAGAAGUGUGAUGGACCUGUUGACUCGUGCAAUACAAUCAAAGAUAAACCUUUCAAAAGGUUACAAAGAGGGCAGUGUAAUGUGAAACUGAGCCUUUGUACUGUCCAGAGAUUUUGAAGGCUUUGAAACCAUUGUCCAUGGACCUGGACAUAGAUAAACAGUGCUUCUGAGGGCUGGCAAACUGCAGUCUUCAUGGGCAAAGAGAAUCUGCUAAGGAACUGUGUGAGAAGGAGGAGUAUGUGAGCAACAAGAGUCCCAUUGCAAAAGUCUGCAGUCCAUUUGUGCAAUCUCACCUCCCAAGAUGCUGUCUGACCCCUCAUCCAAGUUAAGAUGGCAGAAGACUGCAGGGAGCAGGAGACAACCCUGGUGUUUGCAAGAAUGGAGACCUACAAGUCUUAAAGUUGUUGAAGAGGAGCACUUUGUUUGAAGGUCACCGUGUGCUUGGGCCCUGCUUGAAUUCCUGAUGUAGUAAGAUCCAAGUUUAGAGAACGGAACAGGGCGCCUGAAUUUACAAAUAUUAUAGCUACUAUUCCCUACAAACUCAGAAUCAGUUUGUCACAAGGCACACCUUUUACAUAACUUGGACGGCGUCUGGGCAGUAGGACGUUUGGAACUCAUGUAUUUUCAUUAUCACAUUUUUUUUCUUUAGCUCAAUUGUGUGACAUGAUAUAGUCAUAUCUUAAAGCAGGGGUGUCCAAACUUUUUGACUUAGGGGAAAAAAUAUGGCCAGGGGCCGAAAGCCGAC